CUGCGGACUUCCCACAGUCAGUCGUAUGUUUCAUGAAAAUGCACUCUGAUGCGGCAAAUUUUCCGCUGAAUUCCCACUUGACUACACUGGCUAACAUCCAUAAGAUCCACCAUACACUGCAUAGGCUGAACUUAACUGAAGAAGUUGGACAGGGCAGCCACCCCUCAGCUUGCUGCUCUAGAGCCAUGCCUCCUAGGAAAAAGAGGAGACCCUCAGCAGGAGACGAUAUGUCAGCAAAGAAGAGUCGCCAGGACAGUGUUUUCAGAAAGCAUGAGACGUCACAGAUUCGAGAGGAGGACACGUUUUCCAGUAAAAGAUGCUUGGAGUGGUUCUAUGAAUAUGCAGGCUGCGAUGAUGUUGUGGGUCCAGAUGGCAUGGAGAAGUUCUGCGAAGACAUUGGAGUAGAACCUGAAAAUGUGGUGAUGCUGGUUCUGGCGUGGAAGCUGGAUGCCCAGAGCAUGGGAUACUUCACCCUGCAGGAGUGGCUGAGAGGCAUGGGCUCACUACAGUGCGACUCCACGGAGAGGCUGAGGAACUCGCUGGACUACCUGAGGUCUGUCCUGAACGACAGCACAAGCUUUAAACUCAUUUAUAGAUACGCCUUUGAUUUUGCACGGGAAAAAGAUCAGAGAAGUUUGGACUUGAACACAGCCAAGUGUAUGCUGGGACUUCUUCUAGGAAAGACGUGGCCUCUGUUUCCUGUCUUUAAUCAAUUUCUAGAGCAAUCUAAGUACAAAGUCAUCAACAAAGACCAGUGGUGUAAUGUAUUAGAGUUCAGCAGGACAAUCAACCUGGACCUCAGUAACUACGAUGAGGACGGUGCCUGGCCGGUUUUGUUGGACGAGUUUGUGGAAUGGUACAAAGAGAGACAAAUGUUAUAGCUGCCAAGACAAAAUGUAAAACUGGUUCUAACUGUGACGCCGAUGGCUAUGAGAAUCAAAAUCCAAUAAGUAAACAAUACAUAUGGUAGAGUGCUUCAUGAGAAGAGGUGGUGGGGUGGGCUGGGCUGAGUUUGCAUCUUGGGUGGAUGCUGCACAGAGGUGCAUUUAGAAAUUAUUUUUCCCGAUGCAGUCGUAUUGAGAAGUCUUCAGGAGCCACUUGGUGGCAUCUCACUGUGACAUCAUGUUGCUGUCUGCAUUCGACGCUCAAAGCGGAGUAGUGCGUGAGAGAAAAAGUUUUGUGACUCAUUGUUUUCAGCACUUCAGCAGAACAGAAAACAUCAGCAUUGUGUCUUAACGGUUCCAACAAUGGUGAAGCCACGUUGACAUUCUGAGUCUGUGUGCAUUCAACUUCUCGCGACAGGUGUCACCUCAUGCAGUCUGGCAUAUUUUGUGGUUGUUUAAAAUUGAAGCACACAAGUGUCAAAAGGUUGACGGCAUGUUAACGUGCCUGUAUUGUCUACUAUUGAUUUGUGCCAGUGAUUCUUUACCCCCUCUUUCUACUACUUUGGAUCCUUCAUGCUGUUUCGCUCCAGUUAAUGCUAACAACUAGCUGAGUGCCAGCGAAGGCUCGAGACCUCAUAACACCAAACCCAUUUAGCAUUGCUGCUUUCAAACUCUUAUUACAACGCAAUGAGUAGCCACUCGUGCUCGGAUUAGCAUUUGACGGUGCAAUGGCCGGUUGCUGUAUCUGCAUUGUGUUGUUAAGAGUAUUACUGUGCCUCAAAACUUAGACGUCACUUUUUUUUCCGUCAUACACAGAUACCAACAAAACCCUAACGUGUAUACAUGUUUGUGUCCACACACACACACACACACAGUACUUGAGUGGUCAGGGACUCUUCUGGGAUGAAUUCAGGUUGAGGGAUAUGUAUUCAGAUGAUAGAGCUAGUCGAUGUCCAUUUUGUCUAAAUGUGGAAUCUGUUUUGUCUUCCUUAGCCAAUUGAUAGUUAAGUGUCUUCUAUUAGUAGCAUCCCUGCGAACACUGACAGUGUUACUUUUACUACAGUCAGACCAGUGACCCUCUCAGGAUGAGGACGAGGUCCAAAAGGAUCGAGUUGAAGGGUAGGAUUGCUAAAGCACCACUUUGCACCAACUGUAGACCUUGUUAAAAACGGACACUGACGGUUUGUAACUGUGCGACAAUGCUAUGCUGUUCUUUUGCCUAGUGUUAUGUUCUUGUAAGACCUGUACAAAUAUGUCUUUGACUAUGGUGUGAUGCAAAAUUGUCAAAAAAAAACAUUUGCAUGCAGGCUCAGUAAAGCCUUUUGUGAAUGGAUGAGAUUUUAAAAGUAUAUUUUCCAACGUUUUUGUUAAUGUACAGAAAUUGUGCGAGUGCUUUUUGUUUAAUUUGAUAAUCAGGAUCAUGUCGUCUUCUGAAUAAUUUCAUGAUCUUGUUUAUCAAGACCUGGAACGCACCUGUAACCUCAUCGUGGAACAAGAGCAAAUCUCCUGCAUUUACAAACACACAUUCAAACAGCUCCGUGGGGCUGCAGCUGCACAUGUACUCUUUUAUUUAUUGGCGGUGUGUUACUUUUGUACACUGUCAUGCAUCACAAUCUCACGGUGAAGUCAUUUCUCAUUUCAUUUUAUCCGUACAGAUAAAAAAAAUAAAUACAUGAUACAGUUAGCAUAAAAUCAGAUUCAUCUUCAUGAACUGUUCUAUGUUGGUCAUCCUUUCAGUAUUCCCGCCAACGAUGCAGGAGAAGCCUUGUUGCAACUGUAUAUAUGUAUGUAAACUAUGUGUCUAUAUGUUUCCACUAUAACCUGUGUCUAUAUACUUAAAUAAAAUGGUUUAUUAACUUACAUUUUUGUGUUAUUUACAUAAACGAGCA